GGAUUUUGUUCUCUGCUCUUAUACUCUUCCCCGCGCCAGCUUCCUCGACAACUUUCCCCCCUGUCGACUCAAUUGCUCCCUCCACUUUCUGCUACCUCUUUUGAUUGAGUCGAUUCAUUUCUAUUUGGGAUGUCGUUCGUCCGUAUAGCGUCACGCCGGCUGCCGCUGGCCCAAAGGUUGGUGGUCUCUGCAGUUGAGUCACCUCUACAGCGCCGAUAUGCCUCUGCGACAGCUCAACCUGUGCAAGGAAAAAAAGAUGCCUCGCGCCCAACCCCCGAUCCUGCGGCCGAUUCCGUCUCCGUCGCUUUCGUCCAAGACCGAGCGCCUUACCUAGUCCCUACCUACGUUCGACCAAGCCCUAUCAUGGUGAAAGGAAAAGGAAGCUAUCUGUGGGAUAUGGAGAACAGACGAUAUCUUGAUCUUACCGCUGGUAUUGCUGUUAACUCUUUGGGUCACUGUGACCCCGAGAUUACCAAGAUCAUCGCGGAGCAGGCUGAUACACUUCUUCAUGCCUCGAACCUCUACCACAAUGCUUGGGUUGGCGCGCUUAGCAAGGACCUGAUCGCCCUGACCCGCGAGUCUGGUGCUAUGCGUGAUGCUUCCCAGGUCUUCAUUUCCAACUCCGGUGCCGAAGCAAACGAAGCGGCCAUCAAGUUUGCUCGCAAAGUCGGCAAGUCGCAUGACCCCUCCGGAGCAAAGCAUGAAAUUGUCUCCUUCCACAACUCCUUCCACGGCCGCACCAUGGGUGCUCUAUCCGCCACUCCCAACCCCAAAUACCAGGCUCCUUUCGCCCCCAUGCUCCCGGGCUUCAAGUACGGCAAGUACAAUGACGUCGAGCAACUCCAGACCCUGAUUACAGACAAGACCUGCGGUGUGAUUGUGGAGCCUAUCCAGGGAGAAGGUGGAGUCAACGUUGCUACUCCCGAGUUCCUCGUUGCUCUCCGCAAGCGUUGUGACGAAGUGGGCGCUGUCCUGAUCUUUGACGAAAUCCAGUGCGGUCUCUCCCGCGCCGGCACCUUCUGGGCCCAUGCUCACCCUUCUCUUGCUCCCGCAUCUGGGGAAGCUGCACACCCCGAUAUCCUGACCUCCGCCAAAGCCCUUGGUAACGGUAUCCCCGUCGGUGCUACCGUCGUCUCUGGCAAGACUGUGGCCGGACACAUCAAGGCCGGAGACCACGGUACCACCUUUGGUGGAAACCCUCUCGCGUGCCGGGUUGCACACCACAUCAUCCAGCGCCUCGCCGACCCCGAGCUCCAGAAGUCCGUCAAAGCCAAGUCCGACCUCCUGGUAUCCGGCUUCAAGGACCUGGAGAAGAAGUUCCCCGGCGUUAUUUCUGAGGUCCGCGGGCGUGGCCUAAUCCUCGGCCUUCAACUGUCCGCAGAGUUCUCCCCCAAGGUAUCCGACAUCAUCACUGCGGCCCGCGAACGGGGCAUGCUCAUUAUCAGUGCCGGUGAGGGAUGCAUCCGGUUUGUCCCUCCUCUGACCAUCACCGAGGAGCAGCUCAAGACUGCCCUGAAGAUCCUGGAGCAGUCUAUUGAGGCUGUCGCCACCAAGGCAUAACCUGCCUCUUGAAUUCGAUUUCGCUACGGUAUAUGAUGAUGCCGAUUUUACGUUGGUUAUUCUAGAUACGUACGAGAGAUGUUCAUAUACCACUUAAGUUAGCCUUUCUUCUUUUUCUUUUUUUUUUUUUUU